AUGCUGCGUGAAAGCAUCAUACUGACUGUCCCUCAAGCGGACGCGCUCUUCACACCUCCCUCUUCCUACUCUCCUCAGAAGACCUUAUCGAGGCUGGACCUUCGGUUGGACUCACACUCUGACGAUAGUUUAGACACUGAUCUCUUUGGAAACGGUGUCAGCAUGGCCGGAACCGGCUCGCCUGCACCAUACAUCAAAGAAGAGGUUGACGACUUGACGUUCAGCCCUAACCAAUAUAUGACACACAACGGUUUCAACAUGAACCAGCAACAAUUUAGCACUGCACAUGAGAACGUCGGUGGAAUCAACCCAUCUGACCUCACCAUGGGGACAAACUUCAACAUGAACCAACAAUUUGGUGGUUCCAACAGCUACAUCCAUGGCGCUGCCAAUUUUGGAGAUGACGAACUCGCCGAUUCUCUGGGUACCUUGGACCAGGCUGGCCAAGGAUUCAAUGGCUUUGGAGGCCAAGACAACUUAGGACAGCAGGAUGGCUUCUUCCACGCCAACGCCAACGCUGGCCAUGUGUCCGCAAACCCCCAUAACAUCAAUCAAAUCUACUCGAAUACGCCCGAUGACCUCCCGAUUCAAAGUCCAUUCGUCCAACCACAGCAGUUCGACUUUUCACAAUAUCAAUCCGCACCACAGCAGCGAAUGGGAUUCCCUCCAAAUAUGCACAAUGGCACGAUAGCUCGACAGCGUAUGCCAGCUUCGAUGAACCGAAACGGAUCCGACAAUCGUAGCCCUAUGUCUCCAAAGACACCCGCCUUGGGAGGCCUGCACCUUGGUACCCCUGACUCUGGUAGCUUCCCAUCCCAACCAAUCAUGACAAGCGUCCACCGACACCAGAAGAGCGUAUCCGGCCAGUGGGACAACACACCAGGCAGCGCUCACUCCUGGAUCGACUCGCCUACUCAGUCUCCUCAUGCAGCUGCCAUCCACCAUCAGCAAAUAUCUGAAGUCCUCCACACCGGAAAACAUGCUUCGCUGCCCACCAAGGUAGAUAUCGGACAGACGCAAGAUGCUAAGAAGCGCCGACGCCGCGAGUCUCACAAUCUUGUCGAGCGUCGUCGCCGGGAUAAUAUUAAUGAGCGAAUUCACGACUUGUCCCGACUCGUUCCUCAGCAUCGCCUCGAAGAUGAGAAGGUUCGAAAACAUAUCAACAACAACGGACCCAUCUCACCCACUCUUGCUGCAAGCGGCAUGUCACCACCACAAGCCACUUCCUUGCUGGCUGGUGGCAACGGGAGACGAGCCGCUGGCAACAUUACCCAAGGACUCCCCAUCGAAGAGAAGGACAAAGGCCCAAACAAAGGCGACAUUCUUAAUGGGGCUGUCAGCUGGACCCGCGAUCUGAUGUGGUUGCUUUACAAGAAGAUUGAAGAGGUGGAUGAACUAAAAGACCGCCUCCGCCAAGUCACUGGUGAGGAGUGGUCCACCGAGGAGACCGAAGAAGAUCGCCGGAUGCGAACUGAGCUGACUGAUGCUGUUGAGAAGAACGGCGUUGAGAAAUUCAAGUACUCCCGAGGUCCAGGAUCUGGAUUGCGAGUGCCGAAGCACACCAACGUUGCCGGUGAGCCUCUCACUCAGAUCUCGCCCCAAAGUCUCAGCCCAGGGAUGCAGAGCACAGGAAGCGGGUCGAAUUCGAAUACCAACACGAGCAACAAUCAACCACAGUUCUGGAUGAACCAACAAGGCAACGGUAGCGGGGGCUCCUUCAGUCUGAAAGAGGAGGAUGAAUACAACAGCAUGGAUAUGGGUUGA